UGUGUGAAAUCAGGUUUAUGCAGAUCUCGACACUAUUUCAACCAGGGUGGAUCCGUGUGUGCUUUCCCAUUCCUUGAAGCGUUUAUAGUGCCGCACCCUGUCUUCUGUGCGUAAAACCUCCCACGUAGGGUACAUCAUCACACACCACGUUUCCCCCAGCAGCGGGACAAGCGGAGGAGAACGGUUCACCUCACGGACAGGUUGGACACAGAGAUGGGAGUGGAGCGGCGGGUUUUCUGCCUAUGACACGGACACCCCGGGCGGGAAGGAUGGCUAUAACCAGCCGGGAAAUGUUGUGCUUGAUCGGAAGCGCCUGGCUCUGGCUGCCGCUGUUGGCGGAGGUGUUGGCUGAGGACAGCUACUUAAAUGAGGUGCAGAACUCAGUGCCUCUGUCCUGCUCCGAGGGCUUCACAGAACUGGGAUAUUACAACGGCACCGUGUCCCAGACAGACUCUGGCGCCCCCUGUCUUAAAUGGACCGAGUUCCCAGACUACGUCAUGCAGUAUCCAGGCCGAGGGCUGGGCGACCACAGCUACUGCAGGAACCCGGACCGAGAGUCCAACCCCUGGUGUUUCUUCAGACAAAACUCAGGAGCCAUAGGAUGGGCCUACUGCGACUGCCACCAGGGUGCUGCCCGUCUGGUCGGCAGCUCGUCCUCCAACAGUGGGCGUGUUGAGGUUUACCUGAACGGGCAGUGGGGGGCCGUGUGCGACUCUCACUGGACAGACAGAGACGCCAGUGUGAUCUGCAGGCAACUGGGCCUGGGUGACAUUGGCACUGUGCUGCAGCACUCACAGUUUGGCUCCGGCUCCGGCCUCUUCCACUAUGAGCGACUGGGUUGCCGUGGUGACGAGAACACCCUGAGUACCUGCCGGAGCAGGAAGUUUGUCACCGGCGACUGCAGCCAUGGAAACGAGGCAGCAGUGCUGUGUGCGCCGCCGGAAGGCAGCGGCCCUCCACUGCGACUGGUCGGAGGCGAGGAAGACUUUGAAGGUCGAGUGGAGGUGUUUCACGCAGGAAGGUGGGGGUCCAUCUGUGAUGACCAGUGGGACGACAGCGAUGCUGAGGUGGUGUGCAGACAGCUUGGUUUUGGGGGUGUGGCGAAGGCCUGGUCAUGGGCGCACUUCGGUCAGGGUUCAGGCCCGAUCCUACUGGAUGCCGUGAAGUGCACAGGAAACGAGGUCUUCCUGGAUCAGUGUCCCCAUGGGGACUGGGAGCAGCACAACUGUGACCACAUGGAGGAUGCUGGAGUUUCCUGCAGUCCUUAUACAGAUGGUGUGGUGCGUCUAGUGGAAGGGGACAGUCCCUGGGAGGGUCGGGUUGAAGUCUUCCACAACGGCGACUGGGGGACAGUGUGUGACGACCACUGGACACAGCAGCAUGCAGAGGUGGUCUGCAGACAGCUGGGCUACAGGGGUCAUGCUGAGGUUGUAUCAGAUGGGACAUUUGGCGAGGGUGUCGGUCUGAUUCUCCUGGAUGACGUCCACUGUGAAGGAUCUGAGACCUCCCUGCUGGACUGCCAACAUGGGAUCUGGGGCCGGACUGACUGCUCCCACAGUGAGGAUGUCGGCGUUCGCUGCAGGGGCCGAUCCAGCCAAGACACCAAUGAGGUGCUGGUUAUCGCACCUUCCACAGGUCCCCUGGUGCGUCUUGUGGGUGGCAGCAGCAGGAAGGAGGGUCGAGUCGAGGUGUAUCUCCAUGGUGACUGGGGGAGUAUUUGUGACUCAGGCUGGAAUGACCUGAAUGCAGCUGUGGUGUGCAGACAGCUUGGACACAGUGGCGGAGCGGUGGCAGCCAGAGGGUUUGGUCAGGGGAAAGGACCCGUCCACCUGGACCAGGUGAGGUGCACAGGGAAGGAGGAAUUCUUAGGAGAGUGUCCCUCCCUGGGCCAGAGCAUCCAGGGCUGCAGACGAAGGGAGGAUGCAGGGGUGAAGUGUGAUGUCAGGCUGCAAGAGUCACCGUUACGGGCCAAACCUCAAGAGCUGAGCUGUGGGCUGAGGAAGCUGGUGGAGGAAGAGAGCAAGAGGAGGCAUCAAGGAGGAGAAAACAUGAUCAGAACCACAUGGCCAUGGCAGGUGUCAGUGUGGCUUAAGACCCAAAGAGAAGGGGGUGGCCCUCUCUGCAGCGGCACUCUGAUCAGCCCUUGCUGGGCCCUGACGUCUGUGUACUGUGUCAGCAGGUUUGGCAGCGAUCCGUCCAGGUACGUGGUCCGUGUCGGGGCGUCGGCACAGACUCUCACCCCAGAGAAGGUUGUGGUCCACAGGAAGUUCAAGGGUCAGAGCGGAGGUCAUGAUUUGGCUUUGCUGAAGCUGCCCAGCGCCAAGGGUCAAUGUCUGACCUUUGAUCCAAACACUAACGCAGCAUGCCUUCCUGCUGCAGACACAGCAUCUAGGGGACAUGCGCCAGCUUCUUGUGUUGUCAUGGUUACAACCAGCUGGACAGGACCAGACUCAGUUCUUGCAUCCUGGGUCCCUCUGAUGUCAUCUUGGCAGUGUAAAAAGCGCUACGGCGACAGUUUCUCCAGCCACGGCACCGUGUGUGCUGGUCAGGGGGAGGCGGGUCGAUGGGUCCUCACUGGGGUUGUUGCCGGGGGUUACGGCUGCUCUAACCCGUCUUCUCCUGCACUCUACACUCGAGUCAGCCGCUUCAGAAACUGGAUUGAUGAGGUCAUCAACACACACCUAGAGGAGCCGCACACACACACACAAGAAGAUCUGACACACACUCACAGUGAGAGCAAAGAAAAAUACUCCCACAUGCACGGCAAGCUCGACAACACACACAGUCAUCAACAAACAAAUGAAAUCAAUGAAAUGAAACAAACACGCACACACACUCACCACUCACACACUAAAAGCACGCAUACCCACUAUGUAGGGGAAUCAGACACAAACACGCAAAUUCUGGCCUGACUGAGGCCGCGCCAUUGGCUUACCAUCUGUGCCAUGUGACCGCCUGAGGAGGAGGGUGGAAGGAAGACGAAACUUAACAGCAAUUAAAACAAAACAAUCAAACAAAAAAAUUAAGAUGCUCCUAACUUAAGUCAGUACAAACAGCCAUCUCUGUGCUCAUUCAAAUCCGAACUCAGUGUUGUGAAGUGUUUGCGGGUGAGUACUGCAGUGUGGGCAAACCCGAGCGGCAGAGUGUGUGGGUGAUUCGUGGUGCUUUACUUGUGAGUUAACAGCCCAUUAAGAAGUCGAGCCUGGCGGAUUUCUCAGCACGCUGAUCAUGGGCCUUUCACCGAGAGCGAAAU